AUGAACUGGGCUUCCUUCUACCUUUGUCCUAAUGGCUUUUGUAAUGAUAUGGUAUUCUCUCCUCUUGUGGCAGCGUGGAGUGAAAAUGGUAUCAACUGUCUGACCUCUUUGACUAUGGACGGUUUCAUCCCUCCUCUUUAUUGUUUCGAACAGGAAUGUCAAUUUGAAGAAGUUUUCUUGAUUGGCUGCCCUCUUUUGGAGACAACGGUGGUUGAACUCGAUUAUAGCUAUUAG